GUAAGGUAAAAGUCUUGUGUAACCAUAUGACAAUGGUGUUUCCCCAUGCGAUUGUUCCGAAGCAAGCUUUGGAACGUUUUGUAUAAAGUAUUGAGAGUGGUGUGGAAUGCGACAGUAUCAUUCAAGAGGCCAAGAUGUUGAAGAUAGCAGUUUUUUUGUUCGUCGCUAGCGGAUGCGCCACCGCUAAUUACAGAAAUGAUGGAUUUGUUCCCAGUCCAACUUACCAAAGGACUGAAGAUCAACUCGCAGAACCCUCUGCAAGAGUCGAAAAAAGCAGAGACGAAGAUAGGCCGGAUAGGACUCAGAGAUUUGGUAUAUCUUCUUAUGGGAGUACGGGUUCCUUUGGCGGUUCCGCGCCAGGACUAUAUUCCCCUGUCAAAAUUGAUUUAGGAGGAGUUCUCAUUGGAUCUAUUCUAGGCUUUGGAGCUGUAAUAAUUCUACCAAAGCUAAUUCACGCCUUCUCCUAUGGUUAUGGAGGAUACGGAAGAAGCGCCGACACAGAUCUGAACCAGGUUUCUGACAUGAUAAGUCGAUUGGACGAAUCCCUUACGCGUUACAACAUAGACUCAUCUUCGUGUAUGCAACGACUUGCCUGCUCCUACGUCCAACUCGCAAAUGAGAACAUGUUGACUGGCAACGCAACUGACUUUGAUGGAAUGUUGGCUAAUCUAUCGAGCAAUUCGUUAGUACGUCGCAUGCUAGAUGGGACAUCGAUUUACGAAGCGAUCUCAUCCGGCAAGUCUUUAGACACCAACUGUCAGACGCUCUACCCUAAAUGUAAACUAGAUAAAAAAACAGUCGUAAAAAUGAUCACGCAAUUGGUGCCUUAAGAUGUUUUAUAUAUUUAGGUUAAAUAAAACUAAAAGCCAGUUAUAGGUUAUAAUCACAGAAUUAUAUUUUAUUAUGAUACAUUAAA